AUGAAAUAUCGUUUUGUUUUUCUUCUUUGUCUGACUACUUUGAAGGUAAUACAAAAGGGUUCUUCUUCUAAAUGGUUAAAUCAAGAAGAAGAAAAAAAAAAAACAUUUUCUUUUUCUGGGAAUUUAAAAUUGGAUAUCAAGAACGAUAAGGAAAAGAAAUUAUAUGAUUUAGAGAAUAAUAAAAAUGUGGAUAUAUUGAAUGAAGGUGUAUCCAAAAUUAUGCAGAAGGAGAAAGAAUUAAUAGAAUCUAACAAGCACGUUAAAGAUGUUGUUGAUGAAGCUGGAAUUGCGAUUAAAAAAAAAUAUAAAAUUAAUGAAUUACCACCAUCUGGUUUAACUGAAGAUGAAGAAGAAGAAGUAAAAGAAGACAGUGCCUUUUUGUCUGACGAUUUAGAAGAGGCUGCAGAAAAUUUCUCUUUAUCUGGAGAAAAUAAUGACCAAAAAAAUGAACAGCAUGAAAGUGAAAUGAAAGACAUUAGAAAAUAUCAAGCAGAAAUUAUAAAUUCGAUGAACCAAAAUACAAUAUACAAAAAAUUUGAUACUCACGAAUUUGAAAAAAUGGAGCAAAAAAUGGAAGACCAUAAAGAGAUAUGCUAUCCAGAUUAUUCUAUACCUUGUCCCCUACACUUUUUCAGAACGAAUACAGGCUGCGUUCCUCUUAGCUCUUAUGAGGGACCAUGCAAUAAGAUACAAAACAAAUUAAUCUAUUUAUAUGAUGAACAAAAAGAAAGCUGGGGAGAAAUAUGCGAAGUAAGCUGGCCCUGUAUGCCCUUGGAAUGCCCAUAUGGCAGAGACUACAAUUCUGUAUGUCCUAUAAACUGGAUUGAUAUAGGUAAAGGGUUAUGUCGAAAUAUAUAUAAGAAUGAAAAAUGUGCAGGCGAUAUAAACUAUUCAAAAAUGAAUUUAGAAGAAAAAAGAAAUAUAGAAAAGAAAUGUGGAGUUAUAUGGAAAUGUAAAUCUAUUAUAUAUACAACAAAUUUUGAAGACAUAUGUCCAUUGAACUGGGAAUAUAUUGGUAACUAUAAAUGUAAGGCACCAGAAGAUUAUAAAGGACCAUGUCCAAAUAUCUCUAAUUUAAAAAAAUAUAAUACACAAGAAAAAAAAGAAAAUAUUGAAAAUGUAUGUCUUGUUAAUUGGCCAUAUAAUAUCAAAGUUAAUGAAUAUCAAAGAGAUUACAAUGUAGAUUGUCCAA